UCUCAUCGCAGCAUUCCAGCACUCCGUGACGAGCAGCGAACGCGUCGCGUCGCGUCGAUUCCUGAGGAUUACCCGGCGUGCCCCGCGGGAAAGAUGGCGCUGGACGGGAGAAGAUGGAGAUAAACUUUAUCUGAAAUCGGGAACAGCGGUUAUCUACACCUGCGAUCCGUGGUAACGCUUCAACUCCUCACGGAGAGAUACCGGCGACAGGACGCGGGAUCGGCGAUCGCUUUUGACGGCGCGAGCGGCGGAGAGAUUUUAGCGGCCGUUAGCAAGUGUGUGUUAGCCAGCGAGGAGAAGAAGAAGAAGAAGAAGAAGAAGGAAAAGCGGGCAAAGUUUAUUCAGUUUCAGCAGGAGUCAAGAUCGAUCUACACCAAACUCUGGGUUUAACUGCGAAAAAUUCACUAACGCCAGGUCAUUGAUAGCCCUGAGGUUCACAUGCUGAACGGGGGAGGAGGAGCGGGAGGAAGAGGAGCGAGACGUGAGCUAGAUUGAGUUUCCUUGGCGACCGGAGGGACCCACUUGGGGCGAUGACUCUGGAGAAUGCAGCAUGCACACUUGAGAGCGCUCAGAGCCUGAGGACCUGUGAAUGAGGACACCACUGAAACCAACUCCAGUUUCAGGACUAACGGAUGGUGUAUGGAAGCACACGGAUCUCCCAGAAUGACGAGUGCUGCUCCUGCCCGGAAGCCGUACCGAAAGGCACCUCCACAGCACCGCGAGACGCGCCACACUGUGCCAGUAUUUCGAGAGGAUGUUAGCGGGAGUGCCUUGCCAUCCGCCAACCCUGCGCCGUCAGCCCAGUCUGACCCCUGCCAGGAGUCCUUAUCAGAUGCCGACAGGAUCAAGAUCCUGCAGCAGCAAAAUGAAGACCUCCGUCGCCGGCUCUCCCAGACUACUCAUAAGAUGGAGGAGAUGGAGACGGAGUUCGAAACCAGCCGACAUUACAUGCAAGCAGAGCAGGGUCGAACCAGAGACGACCUGGAGAAAAUGAGAGACAAAUUCAGAAGACUGCAGAACAGCUAUACGGCGUCUCAGAGAGCUAAUCAAGACCUGGAGGAGAAACUUCACGCCCUGCUCCGUAAAGUGGAAAGAGACAAGAAAACCAUGGAUCAAGAGAUAGUGGAGCUCACGAAUAAACUCGUGGAUGCCAAAAACACUAUCGACAAGCUGGAGGAACUGAAUGAACGGUAUCGGCAAGAUUGCAAUUUGGCUGUGCAGCUGUUGAAGUGCAAUAAAUCGCAUUUCAGGAACCACAAGUUUGCUGAUUUGCCAUAUGAGCUACAGGACAUGGUGAACAAGCACAUGAAGAGUAGCUUGCCUAACAAGACUCAGGGCUCUCAGGGAGCUCAAGCCCAGGAUCCUGACACCCUAAGCCUGACUCCCGCAGACGUAGUGCCCACUUCAGUGAUUGCUCGUGUUCUUGAGAAGCCGGAGCCCCUGGUGCUCAACUCAGCCCAGUCUAGUAGCAGUGCAGGUCGGCCAGUGGCUGAAGAUGUGUUUGUACACGUGGACAUGACAGGACCCCAAGACGACGGUGGAGGGCGUGAAAACGGGGGUCCUGUUCAUGCCAGGCCUCCCGCGGGAGCUGGUUCUGAUCAGCAGCAUGUAAACGGCAUGUGUCGAAGCCAGGGCAGCCUGGAUGGUCCAACAGGAGAAGAUGGGCCAGCCCCUUCUUUUGAGAAGUUGAAUCCUUACCCAGCACCUCCACCACCAAACCCGCUGUACCCUGGUCGCAAAGUGAUCGAGUUCUCCUCCGAUGAAAAAGUCAAGAUUCCCAAGAACAGUCCACUGCCCAAUUGCACCUACGCUACUCGUCAGGCCAUUUCUCUUAGUCUUGUGCAGAAUGAAGAGGAGGCAGCUGAGCGCCAGCGCACCGUGCCCAAUAGCCCUGCUGUGUCUGAUGGGGGUUGGCGGUCUGGGACCUCCUCAUCUUCUGGUGGAGGGCAUGCUUCUCACCAGCGCACACCUCCACAGAUGGAUGCUACGGACACCCUCUCCAGUCAUUCAAGUCCCUUUAGCAGCCCCCCUCAGCCCCCGAGCGCCUUUGCGAGCUCUGGUAGCUCAGAGGAGGACCUACUGGCCAGCUGGCAGCGAAUGUUUGUAGAAAAAAUGGCACCAUCCACAGAAGGCUCCCUUGUCAACCGCACAUCCUUCAGCAGUGAGACGGUGAAAGAUCUCCAAAGUCACAAUGGAAAAUCAGGAGUAGGGGCUCUGAGAGGUGCUUACUCUGAUGGCGAGGAGGGAUCCUCGGCCCAGAGCUGGACAGCAAGUAGAGAGUCCAGUUUGGAUACAGACACCAGCAGCAUGGCAGACCUCCGGGCAAAAAAGACUCAAUACGGUGGUGACUUUUCCCAGGAAGAGGGAGAGCACCUACUGAUGGCCCUUGAUCCACUUGACAAUGAUGGUGCUAGUGGUGACACCAUGGUCACCAUUGAGAGCAGUCCGGCCUCUGCUAAGCGUCAAGAGUUUGCUGAAGAUGCUGGCUCUGCAGGAAGUUCAGCUGAGGAGCGAGAUAUCCUGCCCCAGGACUUUCCUGUCAUCGGCUCAAGAGUCCUAGCUCCCCUUGAGGACUAUGCAGACAAGCCCCCUCGGACUGGCUCCUCGCGACCUCUGAAGAGCCCCAAGAGAAUGGGGGUUCAUCACUUGCACCGCAAAGACAGCCUUACCAGAGCUCAAGAGCAUGGAAACUUGCUGGACUGAGACUUCCAGGCUUAUUCUUCUCUUCUUUUUUUGACCUUGAGUGCUCUUCGUCUUACUAGCAAUCUCUAGGCAUAGCAGCAUACGACAAGCGGAAGGGAUCGGAUCAGCAUUGCUGUAGUUAUCCCUGAUCAUGCUGCUGUUGCUGAGGCAUCAUUGUAACUCUUCUGUCCUCUCUCUCUGAGGCUUGGGGCUCUUUUAUCUGUGGAACCUAUGGUAUUGAUGGCAUCCGUGGUGAAGUACUUCAGCCAGUCCGGCCAGACGGUGCUUCAGGGAUCGCACGAGAAUGUCAUAGUCUGAAUUAAGGUGAUUUUUACCAGUCCAAGACUUGAUUCUGUUUGAUGUGACAUGAUUGAGUGGGCAACAGCAGGACAUAGCCAUACCAUUACACUUCUGUAAGAGAAAGAGUUCUUCAGAGGUGACAUUAGGAACGAUCCCUGUUGCACUGUACAGACACAGAACAUUUGCUUUUGCCCUCGGGUGAGAGUUUUCUACCCAGAUAAUGAUAUCUAUCCAGUAUCCCAGCGCAAGUCCUUUGUUACGGGAGAUUGGGAUGGCACCAAAUGGCCACAGCUUCACAGAUACCACUGUGUCAGGCAUUCUGCUGGCUGAAGCAGAUUAAAUGUAAUCUAUGGGACUCUCUUGUCAAUUUUCAGUGCCUAACCCUUGCUCUGACAGAGGGGGCUCUCCAUCACCCUUUAAAAGAACAUCUUGUUCCUUUAGCCUGCUUUUAGUCAUCAUAAACUGAGAGGAUGCUUCACCUCCAGUUCUCAGUUACCUCUCUUCAUUGAUCUACCACUGUAUUUCAACACCCAACCUAAAGACAGCUUUUGUACUUUAAUCAUUUGAAUUUCAUUUUGAUGUAUUCGGUAUAUGUUUUAAUGAUCAAGUAUACUUCCUGAUUUUCAUUCUCAUCUGUUUUGUUUGACUAAUGGUAUUUAAAACCGAUUAUGAUUUUAAGUAAAUAUAUAGAGUUUUGUGUAUUUAUUUGUCUUUUGCUGGUCUAAAGUGUCCCAUUACUUCCCUCAAAGCAGUUAAGCACUUGCAGAAGUGUGUAAGGUUACUGAAUCCUGUCAUGAAAUGAGACGGUAUACAAUCCCUUUUACACAUUAGUUGUUACACUGUAAUACAUUAGAAAUUCAACCCAAACAGUGCUGUUUGGCAUUUUAAAUAUUUAAUCCAAUUUUUUUGUUUCUUUUUCAAAGGUCAGUAUUUAAGAGUAAAAAAGCCUUGCUGAAACGUUAAAAUGUGUAUUUCAUGUCCUCCAAAUCAGAGAUGUAUUAAUGUGACCCCUUGCUGCUGACGGCACAAAUUGCCUUUCAGAGGGCAUAUUAAUAUUUCAAAGCUAUGCAUAUAGUACUGUGUAAAAACACCACAAAAACUUAGCAAAGCUUUCUCUCUGUUAUGACGACAUUACUGACUUCUAAAUAAAAAAAAAAAAACGAUGAGCUAAAAAGCUGAAAUUUCAACCAGAAACAUGCCUUUGUUAGAGUACUGACAAGAACACAUUAUUUCGAUGAUUGUUGGUUGUUUGUUCUUUUUAAACCCUGAUUUCAAGAAAAGCCAUGUUUUGAUCUCAACGAAUGUAAUCAUCUUUAUGUAGCAUCCGUUUUCAUUGGUUCCUUAUUAUUCUUUAGCUGAUGCUAAUGCUGUAUGUAUUUUAAGGGGACUGUGCAUCCCGCCAUCAUUUGGUGUGUUUUUCUGUGUGUAUUUGUGUGUUAAAUCUUGAUUUCUCAUGAUUAUGGAUGAUCAAUCUGUCCAGCAGAUGCUUUGUACAAGUCGGUUUUUUUUUUUUCUGUGCCGAGUGUUCCCGUCUUAAAUUUCAGUCGUUUCAUUUCAAAUAGCAUUUUAACAUUUAUCAGCUUUUCUCAAACAAUACAAGCAUCCUGAUUCUUUUGUUUUGAUAAAUAUAUUUUAGAGACGAUUAAACUCUGUGUUGCCUUUUUAAGUGCUUGCUUUGUGCUUUUUAUUUGCAAUACGUUUGACCAGUCAUUAUCCAGAUGUCCCACCCUGGGUCAAGUACUUCAUGCAGUAUUGUACUUUAAAAAUCAAGUGUAUUUUUUUUAGAAACUGGGCACAGCAUGCCCUCCACCCUUACUCACUUGAGACAUUUACCCUACAGGUGAUACGCAACAGUAUUCUUCAUGCAUAAGAGUAUGUUGCAUACUUACGAUCUUUAGGAUUUGUCUUUUAUUCAUGAACAUAUCAGCGAGUCAGAAGGUACAGCAGCAUGCAUUACAUUUUAACGGUAUUCCUGGAAGGACAUCAGACUUUUGUAAAACGCUUGCUGUAUAUAUUCACCUCAUAGCUGGUCUGCCACAGCACUCCUUUCCCUGAAUAAUUCAGCUAUAUUUUCCUCAGUGAAGGGCAGAAUGUGCGAUCGAAGGGCUCCCAAGUCCACACUUACUCUUCUUCUCUUACACUUUGGUCUUCGUAUGUAGUUAUCAGUCUUGCGCUGCAAUAUACGGGAGUACCAUUAAUAGCCCAUGAUUAAUUGAAGUGUAACUACCCACCAUGCUGAAUAAUUAAUAUUUUAUCAUGUUCUAAAAUAGUUCUGUGAUGCUUUAAAGAGACAGAGUACAGCCCAUCAGGGUCUUGCAUGACGAAAUAGACUCUCUUAAAUAUUUCAGUCUCGUCAGAUGUUACACGGACCGCAGGUCAUGCAAAUAAAUAUAAAAAAGACACGACAAUGGUCAGAAUGUGCAAUACACCGAGUGCAUAAAUAGGCUUUUCUCCUCUGCUCUCAUGCAACUUUAAUAACUCAAAUUUAAUUGCACGCAUAAGAGACGUCGUGCACAUCUUCUUUAAUCCAAGGUGACCUUCUGGCAUGCUGUGCGCAAGUCAUUCAAAAAAUCUUUGCUGAGAAAUCUAAGAAAUGAAAACAAUUUCAAGGUUAUGCUCCAACCAACACUCCAAUCCGCCUUCUGCCCAAAGCUGACGUCUCUGCGAUGGAAAAACAUAUUCACGUUAUCUCCUCUUUAACCUUCAAGACGGUGCGUAAUCUGCGCUCCUUUUGCUUUGAUCUGUGAAUGUUUUUAUUCAUCAGUAGGCCAACUUUCAUGUAGCCAUCAACAAAAUGUAAAAUGUCAAGGCAAAUUAAGUCUGAAAUUAGCCCUUUUUAAGUGAAAAUUGACCCCGUUUACUUUAAUACACAUUCCUGGUUUUACUGUCGCGGUAAUCUUUCAUCAAAAUGUAAUUAGCUCGCUGCCCGUUUACAAUGACUCUCGUUGUUAACCAAGAGCUAUCGUUAAGCCCUAGUUUAAGCAUUGAUUCAACAAACUCGCAUUCAGGUUUCAUUCACCCAAUCAAUUCCUGAUUAAUUAAAUGCCCUUAAUUUUGUUGUUGAAUAUCCUAUUUCACUUGAAAAUGUCUUGGAAGUCAAAUUAGUUGUGCUUCAUGUUUUGUAGAGUCUUGAAAUUUCAUUGUUAGUUGUAUUUUAUUUUAUUAAACCUCUGUUUUUGAAGUUUAAGUUGUAAGUUUUGUGAAACUCGAGAUGUCCUGAUGCUUUAACAUGGUGGUGGAAUUUCAUUGAUUAUGAGAGGUGCAAAAAAAAAACAGUUUCACGUUGAUGUUGGCUUGCACAAUCCCAUCUCAGAUGUGUGCAUUCUUACAGUUUGUCUUCUUAAUUUGUCCAUAAUUCCUCAGACAGAUUUCUGGUGCAUACCUUGUCUUAUACAUGUGCAACUGUAGCAACAUGGUGCUUUUUUUCCUGGUCAUACUGAAAUUUUUUUCCUGGUCAUACUGUCAUUUUGAUCCCCCUCCUCAUGCAGUGUGAUUUAAAGAAAUUUAAACUUUACUUGAUCAGGUAAAGCUUCCAUGGUUGUGUAGAUGUUCCAUGCACAGAUUUUUCCCUCAAAAAAAAAAAAAAAAAAUUCUUAUGACUGGACUCAUUUUAUUUUCUGAAUUUGUAAACUGAUGUAUAUUUUAAAAGAAAUAAAACUAUUUUAAACAAUUGUUUUGAACUGUACACUUUUGCAGUGUCACCUCCAGGAUUCACAGAUGUGUUUUUUCCUGUCGUAUGACGUCAGUCUAGCCGUGGAGCAGUAGUGAUGAGGCAGGAGUGCCCGCUGCUGGUCGUGAGAGUCCGGUGCUCAUCAGUGGGUGGAUACGAGCACCUAGCAACAGUGUGCCAACAGUCCUUAGUUGUAAUUGUCAAAACAAUUACAGGCACUAAUUAGGGUCAGCAAAGCAUAUCAACAGAGCUGACGAGAACUAUUUGCCGUUUUGUCUGACAGUUUUCAGGAUAAUUGCAUAAAUUAACACCUCGAGACUUUAAAAAAGCAGCAUCAUUUAAAAAAAAAAAUUACUUUCCUCCUGUGAUUCAUUUAUAAUUCUAGUCAAGUUUUUGUGCCAGAACUGUUAUUUGUCAUUAUUAUCUUUUCAUUCCUGCAUUUAAAUAGGCUGUUGCCCUCUUUGCAUGUGACACUGGCAACAGAGCUUGUUCAGGGUGCAGAUCUGCUGGUUUUAUAAAAUCUCCAUUGCAUUGUGAGAUUCACAAAAUUAUAUCCUUGCAUUUUUGCAAAAUCUCACAAGCAAGUGUGCUGUUGUGGUAAAUAUCAGCACAGUUGUGAUUGCACAAUUGUGAAUGUGAUAAUGAUUGUAUAUAGGCUACAGUGGUGUCGCUAGACCAUUUUACUGGAAUAUUAAUGAUAAAUCUUUGCAAUGCUUACAUAUUUUCUGUAAAUGUGAGAGACUUCCACUUUAUUAACCACUAUAGGUAGGUAAAUAGAAGAAAAUUGCAAUAAUUGGUAACACUAUUUGCACUACUAACCAGUGUGUUUUAUGACUACUACACUGUUAAAAAAAAAAAAAAAAAAAAGUU